CAAGGAAGGAAAUCUCGCGAGGUUGGAGUGCUGGUGGGAGCGCUAGUCGGACGCGGUUCCCGGUCCAGUGAUGGGGCCGAGCCCUGCGGACCCCCCAGUUGCCUACCGACUACCUCAGCCUUGUUCUAGGUCUGCUCGCUGAAGACGCCAAACAGGCGGAAGGACUCUGUCCCCUCGGGUGCCUAGGUCCCCGUUGGCAGAGGCUUUGAGUCUUGAUCGCCACAGCUCACGGCUGCGAGGGACUGAGACCAGAGUAUUCCUUUAGAAAUGAGUUGCACAAUUGAGAAGGCACUUGCUGAUGCCAAAGCUCUUGUUGAGAGACUGAGAGAUCAUGAUGAUGCAGCAGAAUCUCUGAUUGAGCAGACCACGGCUCUCAACAAGCGAGUAGAAGCAAUGAAGCAGUAUCAGGAAGAAAUUCAAGAACUUAAUGAAGUUGCAAGACAUCGGCCACGGUCUACAUUAGUUAUGGGAAUCCAGCAAGAAAACAGACAAAUCAGAGAAUUGCAACAAGAAAACAAAGAAUUACGUACAUCCUUGGAAGAACAUCAGUCUGCCUUGGAACUUAUAAUGAGCAAGUAUCGUGAACAAAUGUUUAGAUUGCUAAUGGCUAGCAAAAAAGAUGACCCGGGUAUAAUAAUGAAGUUAAAAGAGCAGCACUCAAAGAUUGACAUGGUACAUCGUAACAGCUCCGAAGGAUUCUUCCUUGAUGCAUCUCGACACAUCCUUGAAGCACCUCAACAUGGACUGGAGAGAAGGCACUUGGAAGCAAAUCAGAAUGUACACUAUAUAAAACAGUCAAUUUUGGGGGAAUUACAAGCACAUAUUGACCAGAUAACUGAAAUGGCAGCGGUAAUGAAGAAAGCCAUUGAAAUUGAUGAGCAACAGGGUUGUAAGGAACAGGAAAGAAUAUUUCAGCUUGAACAAGAAAACAAAGGCUUGAGAGAGAUCCUUCAAAUAACCCGAGAGUCGUUUCUGAACCUUAGAAAAGAUGAUGUAUCAGAAAAUACUUCCUUGUCAGCAUUAGUGACCAAUAGCGACCUGAGUCUGAGGAAGAGCUGAAGAGUCUGAGUUUCUUACAAGGCUCCAAAUGAUCCCUGGGACUGGUCUACUGACGCUAAUGAAUUAACAGGAAAAUCAAUCUCACGCUACUCUUUUUUCCCCUUUAAUAUGUACAGUGCACUGUAAAUGACAUUUUUAAGAGGUAGCAACAAAAAAUGCAUAGUUCAUGGUUAUAGACUUUAUUCCAAAAUACAGUUGAAAAGUAGAAACAAGAGUUUGUUAAUUGCUGAACAAAUUGAAGAUUUUUACAGUGACUGCUGAACAUUUCAAGAGCUUCCAGUAGUGCUGUUGGCUUUCCGGAUGAUACUUGGAAUAUUCCCAGUAAAUGUGUGGGAAUUCAUGAAGUUAUCCCAAUUUUAAAAUACACAUUUUGCCACAGUUUGGUGAGUGGAAGAUCAUCAUACUAAGUUUUAUCCUCCCUGUUUGGUGUCAAAGUUAACAAAUAGCUUAUGUACCAUGAGACUUUAGCUUUAAUGAUUGCCUAUCUACCUUCCCAUUAAUUUAAAUUCUUGUCCAAAAAAAAAAAAAUCAGUUUGAAAGGCUGUAGGAAUGUCUUAUAUACACCAUACACAAAAAAAGGUAAUUUAAUUUUAGCUAACUUACCAUAAUACUCAGCAAACAAUUGUCCAUAAUUGCUAAGCAUUUGAGAUAGCAUUUCAGGAAUGAAAGAGAAGAAAUACUACUUUCUAAGAAAGAAGAUCUUAUAAGAGACAUAUUUAGUAGGUUAAACUACUCUGAAAGAAUAAGUUUUGCUUUUAAAUCAUUAAUGAAGAGAUUUUUCUCUUAUGUGGUUGAUAUUUAAGGAUACUGUGUAGCUCAUUUAGCUAACAGUUGAAAUGUUUGAUAAAGCAAGCUAGGUAUGGUUAUUUCAAAGUAAGUUGGGAUAUCCUCUGCCUCAUAGAGUCCCUUUUUUAAAAGUAACUGUUAAGUGAGAUAGAAAAAGUAAAUUAAAAAAGUAAUUUCUGGAUCUAUUCUUAAAAGCACCCAUGUGGUCCUCAUAACCUAUGAGAUUUUUCUUAUAACUUUCCAGUUAAAGAGGGACAAAAAAAUCAAUGGAGUUAGGAAUAUUUGUUUUAUUUUUUUAAUAAAAUAUAUAUCCAGUAUGUAAAUUUUUAAAAGCCACCAAAAAUAGAAAUGUGCUUUAUCAAUUGAAAUGUAAUUUUUUUCUUAUUUUUGGUGAUUACAGAAUAAAAAGAUCAAAGAAGUGUCAGAUAUAAAUAUAUUAUGCUCAUUUAUAUUAAAUACAUAUUAAAAUUAGCAUAAUAGAAAAUUUACUUUUGAGUAUAAAUUUGUUAAAUAUUUACAUGGUAAUUUUUAUGUAUAAUUUCAUAUAUUGGUAAAAUUAAAAACUACUUUUCAGAAUUUUUCUAUCUUAAGUUUGGGGUAAGUGGGGUUGAUAGGGCUGAUUGAAUAGAAAAGGGCUAUUGACCCAAACAUUAAAUUGAUUUUUGUUCUCAUUCAGAGGCCUUAAUGUUUUAUAAAUAAAUGACAGUUUUUAUUUUUUAACUUUUCUAUUCAUUUUUGGGAAGGUAUUCCUUAAUUUGAUGGCACAUUCAUUCAUAUAGUUUUUAUCCCAAGUUAGAAUGAAAGAAAAUAAGCUACACAGUUGAGAUUGUCUGAGGCAGUUUGAGGCAGCUCUAUUAUAAAACAUUACUUGAUAAUUAUUUUUGUAAACCAAUAAGUUGAAUUAAUUUAUUCUUAGUCUUCUUACUUGGAUAUAAUUCUAAGAUCUUGCUAUUUAAAGACAUUUACUUUGUCAUAUAGAAACAGUUUUCCACCCCAUACUUUUUUGUUAAGCAGAACCUUACAUUUAUUCUGAAGGUGUGUAGUGCAUAGGAGCCUAUUUUAUCAAUAAAGAUGAGUGAUUAAAAUUGGUGUGCUCUCCAAGUUAAUUUGAAAAUAAUGCUGACAUUUAUUUUUAGGGUUUAUCUCUUCUUGGGGUUUUAAUGAUAUUUAAUAACAGGUAUCAAAUACAUCAAGGAGUGAACUUUAUACUAAAACAUUCUAUACAAAUGCUGCUAUGGAGAUAAGUAUGAAUAUUGAAUUUUUUUAGUAUUAUGUUCUUUGAAAUGGAUAACAACCUAGGACCUCAGAGAAUUAACUUGGAAAAAACAUGUUUUCAUUGCAUAAAAUUGUAACCCCCCCCCCCCCC